UUAUGCAUCAGCCAAAGCAAACGCAGUCGAUUCACACUGCGUAGAUCUGUUAGAUCGUCUAAAGCGUCUAUGUUUUGCUUACAGGUAUCUCCGCUCCGUAAUGAAUGUCACCGAGGCCAAUAUUGACAAAAUUCAAAGGAGGUGACAAGCUAUCGCUAACAACACGAAGCGCAUAAUAACGGCAGUCGACCCAAUCAAGUUGUCAAAUGGCUAAAGCUGUUGAACCAUUUGCCAACCUCUCCGCUCAGGAGCUGCUUAAAAAUAGUCCAAGACUUUUUGGUUGGGUGAGGAAAGAAGACAUUGCAGGAUUGCGCUCGGUCGUAAAAGUACUCGAUUGGCCCUGGCGUUAUAUGAUUCUAAGUGCUGGGUGUCUUUACUUGUACAAAACAGCUGAUGAUCAAAACUUUAUGGAGGCAAUUCCUCUCACAAAAUUCAGAGUGUGCGAUGCCCCGGAGAAAAGCAAAUAUACCUGGAUGUUUAAAUUGAUACAUGAGUCACUUGGGGGAAAAACGUUGUUCUUUGCUGUGGACUCAGAUUUUGAUUUGAAGAAAUGGAAAGACGCCAUCACUGAAUCAAAGAUUAAGUAUUGCUCUAACACAUCACAGGAAGAUGAAGAGGAUGGUUACUCAGUUAUUGGCGAUAAGGUCUCUCAAAAGCCUGCACCUUCACUUCAUGCCCAGUCAAACAGACCUCGACCCCCAGCACCUCUGCCGUCGUCGAAGCGACUGCAUUCCCACUCUUCUCCCCCUGAUCCUGGGACUGGGAGUAAUCUGUCCCGCAACACCUUGCCAUUCCCUUCGAGAAACCAGCCAUUAGCCAGUGCAGACUAUUCAAAGUCUAAGCCACUGCCUCGACCACCGUGUGACCCGAAACCGAGACCAUUAACGAUGGGUACGUUUCCAAGAAACAGGUCAGAAUCAUCUUCUCAGGCGACGCCAGCCCAGGGAUUGGGUGAUGUACUGAGUCAACUUGGAAAUGUAAAACUUCGUUCGCCAGGUAUAAAGGGCUCUGCGUCUUCUUUGACGCUUUCCUCAAGAGAUUGUUCUGCAGCACCUGGUAAACUUAAAAACGUGAACAGGGGUAACCCAGAUGGACAAAGUUUCAAAAGAAAAGACAGAGAAGGAGUUCUUCCUAACUCAGCUUUGAGACUUGACCUAGACAAGCUGGAAGUCAAUUCCCUCCUGCAAAACAAACAAGGAGUUUACAUUGUACGGAGCAGUCAGUCUGCACAGUCAAGAAGGGCUUUGUCAGUAUGGACUGGAGAUCGAAUUCGACAUUACGUGAUAUUCCAUAAGGAGGACGAAGGUUACGCUCUUGACCCUGCCGGACCAAGAUAUCAUAAAAUGGAGGACCUGUUAAGGCAUUACUACGACUUUAAUCUGCCCAACUGUGACGCAAAAUUCACGAGGCCUUAUAAAUAAUAAUGGUACUGAAGUCACAGUGGACAACGUAUCAAAUGUAAUCGAAGGCAGAAUAAAGCGCAAAUUCAUUAUCAAAUUGAUUUUAUAAUUUCUAAAGCCGUUUUUUUUUUUUCGCUGAUGAAGUAAGCUGAACAUAAUAGUUAUAAUCAACAGUCUGAGCUUAACGUCACGGUUCUUGGUCCAGUCUCGCUGCGUUUGCGUAGCAAACCUUGUUAUCCCCUGAACUCAAGGUUAACCGGAAAAUCUGAGUUGUAACGAACAAACCUUGUUGACCCAGUAGCUGCCAAAUCCCGCUAACAGUUGCUGAGACUAGUCAAGUUAUGUGAAUAACGAAUAAAACCGCAUUCAACAAAGUAUCAGAAUCGAUCUUGUUCGCAAAACUAACCUACGCACUUCAUUGAUCAAGUACUUUGGAAAAAUCAAACAAUUUUUUUUUACCCUUUACAAAGACCAGGAAAUUAAUUGCGAUUAGAAGUUCAUCAAAUAAAUAUUUCAUUUCAUGUUG